AUGCAAUGGGACACUGUGAAUGAGGUGGAGCGCAAGUCACAAGCAGAAAAAGAUGAGGGCCGCGGUGUCCUGGGGCCUGGAGAGCGCUACUGCCACACACUCAACCUGGUGUCCUUAGGGGGGGAGAGAUGGGUGUUUGCUGUCGGGGGCACAAACUGCGCACGGAAGCAGGUGGUUGGAGUCUGCAAAUAUGACACCGGCCGGGAGCUGUGGAAACGCCCCAAGCUGUCGGGGCCGCAGCCACCGCCCCGCGAGAGCCACACUUGCACCACUGUUGGUCACAAGCUGUUCGUCUUUGGUGGCCGCAACUCAGAGGCCACUUUGGGGGAUCUGCACAUCUUAGACACGGAUGCCAACCAGUGGAUCACACCCGAGACCACAGGCGACGCCCCCUGCCCCAGAGAAGGCCACGCGGCCGUCUCUGUAGACCAAUUGGUGUAUGUGUUUGGGGGCUGUAGAAGAGCCGACAAAGAGAACGAGGACGACCUCUACUUCGAUGACGUCUAUCGGCUCGAAACAGAGACUCUGACGUGGCAGAAGCUCGAGACGUCCGGAGGGCGACCAUCUGCCCGGACUGGCCACAGCAUGGUCGCCUGGGACUCGUCUCUCAUCGUGUUUGGCGGUCAGGAUGCGGACGAUCAACCCCUGAACGACAUUUUCGCUCUAGAUACAGAGAUGCUCGUAUGGACGAAACUGCAGCCACGUGGCGAGCUGCCGGCGCCCCGCGCCGGCCACGUGAGCGCUCUCGUUGGCAGCCAGCUCAUCAUCUUCGGCGGGGUGGACAAAGGGGAACGGAAGCUGUUAAACGAUAUAUGUGUCCUCGAUCUCGAUACUUUGGUGUGGCGGCGCCAGGCCGCCCGGGGCGCCUUCCCCCGGCACCGCUUCUCUGCCGCGUCGGCCCUGGUGGACGCCCGGGGGGGCGACCUGCUCAUCUACGGGGGCUGCGACGAGGAACUCGCGCCCACCAGCGGCUUCUUUGUGCUGCUCACAGGUCUCGGCCAGUCUGGCCCCGACGUAAAGCGGCUCGCCAAACACACGCCACGCGGGCUGCCCCCACCAUCGUGCCCCGCCAAGCGGCACAGAAAGGUCGUCUUCGCUCAUUGUCUCGGCCAGUCAGGCCCCGACGUAAAGCGGCUCGCCAAGCACACGCCGCGCGCGCCGGCCCCACCAUUGCGUCCCGCCAAGCGACGGAAGACGGUCAUCUCCAGUUUUAGCGGGCAAACCGCCCGGGUCGACACGGAGACCGCCGCGCGCUACUUCGAGGCGGUGUCGAGGAUCGCGGACCAACUAGGCAUGGAAGCUCUGUCUACGGAGCAAGAACGAGCGGGAGGGGGUUCUGCGGCCGGUGGGGCGCGGGAGACGGGCGAAGGCUCUUUGCCAAGGGUGUUUCCUGCCGGGGAACUAGGGGCGGGAGAAAGACUUAUGGACCCUUUUCUGGGUGGAGGACUAGAGCGGAGAGAAAACGGCGGAGGGGGGGUGUCUCGCCAAGAGGGAAACGAAGGGGAAAGGGAGGAAGGGGAACGGUUUGAAAAUGAUGGUCACAUCAGAGAAGUGCAGAAACGGGCGUCGGAGAAGAAUGACGGAAGCUGUCCGGGGGAGAAGCGAAGUACGGUUCCAGAUCGGGGGUCAGAAGUGAUAAACGCAAAUGGGACGAGAGGGGAAAGUCUACAUGUCAUGAGUCUAGGAGUCAAACCUUCAAAUCAAGGUCGGUCGGAAGCGCGUGAGGGGGUGUCCAGGAACGGCUGCACGGGACUCCCGCCGGGUGAAAAAGGUGAAAAAAGACCUCCGGGCACGGUUCGGGGGGGUGGAAAGACACUGGUUUCGGCGGGGGUGCAGACAAUCUACUCCGCGAGGGAGCUUCACUACCGGCCGACGGGGCUGGUGCGCGCGAAGAAACUGGUGCCCGUUCGUAGGGGGACGAAAGCAACAGCAAACGGUGGGCCUCAGGGCGACCCACCAGCCCGUAUGGAAGGAGUUGUGUCGCCCGAAAUUGCGGGUGCUCAAGUACGAGUUGCUAGUACGGAAGAAGGAACAGGGCGGAGGGAGAACGGGAGAACGGGAACGGGAAACGGGAUAAGGGAAACGGAAGGGACUCCUUCAAAAAGUUGUCAUGCUCCUCGAGAGGAGUCGUUGCGAUCUGUGGGCUUAUGUGGAGUCGCGACUAGUGCGGCCACACCUGUCGAGAACGGAAAUAGAGUAGGUUUGGCGAUCGAUAGCCACGCCGAGAGAGACGAAGGACAGUCAGCAGCGCAAGAGGGGCUAAGCAAUAACUACGGCAUCAGUCGGGUCGAAGAAACUGCCGCCCCUGCCAACGAAAUCAAUGAAAGAGAUUCGCUAACCCCGGGUUUAGGUCCGGCCAGCCUUUUACCGCCUAACCGAGAAAGACCAGUGCUGCCAACACCUCCACAGUCAACGGUGCUAACCCUGACCCCACCAGAAAGCGGUGUGAGAAACCCCCUCCUGAGUAGAGAGCCCGGCCCAGCAGCGGCUGCCGGGCCGCAUUUACAGCAUUGUCCUUCUGACCUCUCUGCUAACUCAAGCGAUCUUCCUAAACCCGGUGUAACUGGUUCCGUUCCCGACCUCGGAAGAGCAGAAGCUGCGUAUUCACACCGAGAAACCGCCCCCAGUCCCACCCCGCACGCCGCUCCUGCCGGCCCGCAAUACCCAGACGACAGGCCCCCCGCGCCGGACCCCCUCCAGCCCGCCGCUGACGUCAGCAAUGACCACCUUGACUGCCACGCGUCUCACCUAGACAGCUCCAGAGUUUUUGGGUGCGCAGAGGCUGCGCCGCCGCGGGAACGCAGAGAAGCUGCCGAAGGGGCCUAUCCUCGUGCGGAGGCGGCCCCCCAUGAUCGUGCGGACGGGGCUGAGAUCGUUGCGGGGGAAAGAUUCGGCGGAUGGGCCCUCAUCAAGGUCCCGGAGAUCAAGGAGGAGCCGCCCAAGGAGACCAUUGACAUCAAGAUCGAGGACCUGCUCCAGACGGGCUUCUCGAUCUCGGCGGCGGUGGGCGGCCAGCAGCUGCGCGGAUUCCUGUACAGCAGCAACCCCAAGUUUCUGGCGAUUGCCCAGGUGCUCGCCCUCAAGAAGAGGGCCGAGGACCAGCAAGCAGCCGCGAUCGCAGCAGCGGAACGGAAGGCCGCGCGAAUUCUGGAAAAGAAGGCCAAGGAGGAGCGGAAACUAGAGGCGGCGCGCGCAGCUCAGGAGGCGCUGCGAAUCGCAGCCGAAGCUCGCGCGGAAAAAGCGGCCCUACGGAAAAAGUCGCCGCCGGUUACCUCAAACCCAAACCCGCUCGCAGUUGUGCCAGUUGACCAAGGUGAUCGGGUUCACUUACCGGUCGACCAGCCAGUUGACCCAGCGGUUGAGAUCCCGGUUUUACCAAACCCAUCGUCAACAUGUCCUGCAAGAAACGACGGGUUUAGUCCUCCGGUUAAGGUUUUGAGCCCGGUUGGUGGGCGGAAGGGGCGGAAAAGAGAGCCGGGUGCGAAGAAGGGGCGCACGCGGGCACGGCCGCAGACGGGGCGGGGUUAUCUGGCUAAUUAUCCCCCUAAUCUGCACAUGCAGAUGCAGAUGCCGGUGGUCAUGCACCAACCCAUGCCGGUGGUUAUGCGGCCCCCGAUGGGUUUACCUGGGCAUCCGUCGGAGAGCGCUAUCGCGCCAGGUGGGGAGCAAGUAGCGGUAGAGAAUAUCUGCCCGCCAAUCGACAGUCACGGGACAGAGGCAAACGCGAUUAACCAGGCCGUUGAGGACGCAGGGGCCGAGAUGGGACCCGUGGCAGAGGGUGAGAUGGAACACGUGGCGGUCGAGGAAGGGAUGGAUAUUGCCGCAGAAAGCGGGCAUGCCGGGCAGGAAAUUAUGCUGUACGAGGAGCCGGUUAUGGAUCAGUUUGCUCCGGGCUUGGACCCCGACCGCGAGCAUUUAGAAGCUCCGUUUGUGGAGGGAUCCCCCGGCGAGCUAGCAACCGGGCAGCAGCUGCUAGGAGAAGAGCACCCCGAUCCGACCGGUGAAUAUUCCGCCGACCUAAGCGCUCUUUACCCGUCCGAAGCGCCGCCAUACGAAGCGGUACCCGGAACAUAUGCGGACGCUGGAGCAGCGUACGGGCACCAGCAGGGUUACGAACCGGGUCAAGUCGUAACCGGGGCGAUCUACCACCAGGACGGCCAACCGGCCUACGCUCAAGGGCACGUGGUGUACGAGCACCCCCCGACCGCGUACUAUGCGCACGACCCGUACUACGGUACGUACCAGGUCGCGGAGGGGUAUCAACCGGGACACGUACCUUAUCACCCGCAGUAUGCGACGCCCGAGUACCAGCAUGGCUACCUGGCGCACGACCCGUAUGGACAGAUGGCUCCGGUUAUGCACCCGGUUGGAGCAUACGGAAUGCAGGCUCCCCCGAUUCACUACGGCGCCCCCGUUUACGGCCCCGUCCAGCCAGCGACCGCUUCCGCCAUCGACCCAACCCACGUCACGUACCAGCAGCAAAUGUAUAACAUGCAAGUGUACGGGACCCCGUAUGAUCCCAGCCAUUGGUCUGCUCCGCCUGCUCAAUAAAUCGGAUGUGCCGCAUAAGCGGAUUGCUGAGCACGAGAGCUUUUAGCAGAUGCGCUUGUUACAAAUGCGAAAGUUGGUUUUGCUAGAAAGAAAAGAUAGAAAAUAUGCCAAGGGCUGAUAGUAAAUUCGUUGAGGCUGUGUUUGGACGCGGAAAAGUAUUAUUGGCACGUUCCAAGCAUUCAUUCAAUGUGAAGGUG